UUUAGUGAUUAUUAACGACACGACGUUUUUCGUUUUUCCUAUGAGCGAGGCCACUUGAGCCAUAAAGACGAAUUCAAACCCUCGGUGGGAGGGUUUUAGCAAAAAAGUGUUGAAAUCGGAGAUUAGACAUGGCGACGGAAUCAUCGGAAUCGGAGGAAGAAGGGAAAAUCAGAGGCGGAAACGAUAAGCUAAUCGUGGACGACGAUCUGAGAGAGAUGGGCAAAAACGCAGCUUGGAGCGUCAGCUCUUGCAAGCCCGGCAAUGGCGUCAACACUCUCCGCGACGACAAUCUCGAGACCUAUUGGCAAUCAGAUGGUUUGCAACCACAUUUGAUCAACAUUCAGUUCCAGAAGAAAGUGAGAUUACAGUUAGUGGCUUUGUACGUUGACUUUAAGCUUGACGAGAGCUAUACGCCUAGUAAGAUCUCUGUUCGUGCUGGUGAUGGCUUUCAUAACUUAAAGGAGGUAAAAAGUGUUGAGCUUGUAAAGCCAUCUGGUUGGGUUAGCAUAUCUCUCUCUGGGACCGAUCCACGGGAAACAUUUGUGAAUACAUUCAUGUUGCAAAUAGCCAUGUUGUCAAAUCACCUCAACGGGAGAGAUACUCAUAUCCGUCAGAUCAAAGUUUAUGGCCCUAGACCGAAUCCUAUUCCGCGCCAACCAUUUCAGUUUACUUCAACGGAGUUUAUCACUUAUUCCACACUGAGAUGAGAGAGCUUUGGGCAGGACAAGUUUGAGACUGUUGAAGGUCACUGCCAUUGGAUCCCCGGGAAGACACUCUACUGUCACAUUAGGUUUUAAAAACUAUUAUAUGUUGUUGUGUUAUGGCCUCUGUUGAUAUAUUACGUUGGAUAUAACUUCAUUAAGCUUUUCCACCAAGAGCCCCAUCAAGUUUUUUUUU